UUGACAGAAAUGAAAUAAAAGCAGAGGAAGUGAAGGCGUGCAGGAGGAAUAGGGUUUAUUUGUGAUGUUUAAUCCAGCUGAAACGCAGAAAGUAAACACUCUGCGUUAGAUAUUUUUUAAAUUAUCUUUAGAUAUUUUUUAAAAUUGAUUUAGAAUUAUUAUAGAAGUAAAUCGGUUUUAAUUUUAUUUGCUAAGCAUGAAGAGGCUGGGUUUAGGAGGCCAGUGUUCUGGGAGCUCAGGGUUAGUGUGGUUAUUAUUGUGCAGUGUGUGUGUGCUGGGAUAUAAACCUGUCAUUAUUAUUCAUGGACUGUUCGACACUCCUGCUGAUUUCAUCAACCUCAGACUAUACAUCAACCAGACUCACCCCGGGACGAACGUGACGGUUAUAGACCUGUUUGACCGCACAGCCAGUCUGGAGCCGUUGUGGAAGCAGGUGGCGGGCUUUAAGGAGGCCAUUUAUCCCAUAAUGCAGAACUCUGCAGACGGAGUUCACCUCCUCUGUUACUCACAAGGAGGGUUGAUAUGUCGAGGAAUCCUGUCUACACUGAAUGAUCACAACGUUCACUCCUUCAUCUCUCUCUCCUCCCCUCAGGCCGGACAGUAUGGAGACACGGACUAUCUGAAGUACUUAUUCCCCAAGUUUGUCAAGUUCAACCUCUAUCGCCUGUGUUACAACGCUGUGGGCCAGAGGAUCUCCAUCUGCAACUACUGGAACGACCCUCAUCACAGAGACAUGUACGUGAACACCAGUGAUUAUCUUGCACCGCUGAACAACGAGAGGCCGCAUCCCGAAUCAGCAGUGUGGAAACAGAACUUCCUGCGUAUUAAAAAGCUGGUGCUGAUUGGUGGACCAGACGAUGGUGUCAUCACGCCGUGGCAGUCGAGUCAGUUCGGUUUCUAUGAUGAUAACGAGACGGUCGUGGAGAUGAAAUCUCAGGAAAUGUUUCUGAGGGACUCAUUCGGUCUGAAGUCUCUGUACGCUAGAGGAGAUCUGGAACUGUGCUCGGUGGCCGGGGUACAGCACAUCUACUGGCACUCCAAUGAAACUGUAUACAAGAGCUGCAUUGAAAAAUGGCUCACAUAAACACACACACAGUCACACACACACAUACACACACACACAUACACAUACACAGAUAUUGAGACUAUUUUUACAUACAGGAUUAACAUUUUUCUAUCAAACAAAUGAUCAUCAGCUGCGUUUGUUCCACUUCAGUGUUGCUCCGAGUCACAGCAGCACUUUAUCUCUUUUACUUGCUCGUGGGUGUGUGCGCGCGCGUACAUGACGCACACGGUUCAUCGCUCAGGCCUGCUCAGCUUUGUACUGACGCUUAAAUACAUACACACUCUGUAAAUACCUUUUAUUCGUUUAUACACUCGCACAAAGCACUACACAAUGCAAACCAGUGCCUCAAAGACGUUUCUGAUCACUUACAAAAGAGUUGCUGAUAAAGAAAUUUUAAAAAGGGGGCGGGUUUUUAACCUGUACGUCUUGUUUCUGGGUGAAUAGGGGCGGGGCUUAAUCUAAAUUUAAUCACAAACUUUAUGAGCUGAAGAUCAUCAAAAAGUCAUCAUACCGCUUAGCAUAAACCACUGCAGCGAUUAGUUAAGCUACCUGAACACAGCACAGCGAUCAAAUUGAAGUUAAGCCCCGCCCCUGCUUGACCGUCUUUCACCCGAAAUCAGGACGCGAGUUUUAUUUUUAAGCCUUUAUUUUUAAAUCAGCCUCGCUUUGUUUAUUUUAUUUAAUUUUAUUUAUUUUUAAAGGAGCAAUACGAUGUGAAAUGCAAAUCUAAAAUGUUGCAUAUUGCUCCUUUAAUCUCCCACAACAUGAAGGAAUUGUGGGUAUUGUAGUCCGGUUGCAGUACGACUCGUUGCCUUGUAUUUGAUUGUUUGUACUAGUUUUAUCCUUUAACUGUGGAUAUUGGACUACAUGGAAUGACAUCGUUUAAGUCCGUCCCACUAUCUAUUUUUAAAGCAGCAAUAAGUCAGAUUGUGCCACGUUAAGAGAAAAAUAUUUUGGAAUCGGACGCACUUACACAGUGUGCACGUUGGUUUAAAUUCGAAUGCUUUGAAAAUCGUGAUACUACAAUGUUGCAUAUUGCUCAUUUAUUCUCCCACAACAAGGAAUUGUGGGUAAUGUAGUCCGUUUGCAGUAAGAAUCAUUGCCUUAUGUUUCAUUAUAUUUGUACAUAUUUUAUCCUUUAACUGUGUUAUAGUAGACUUCAUGUAGCUAUACGAUGAAGAUGGGGAAGGAAUGUAAAAGACUGUAAUAAAGGGAAGAGAUGAUAACAUGAUAAAAUAGUACUGAGGGAUAUACACAUAGAUGCUCAGGUUUACCUACUGGUUUUAAUCCUUUGUCUACUUGUUUUCAUAUUAAAGCAACGAUAAGUAAAAUCGACAACUAUUAAUAUCACUUAGCAGUUGUAAGAGUAGGCUUUUAGAUGAGAAUAAGAUGUGAGUUUAUUCCUACAAUAUUACAGUGGUAUAAAAAGCCAUGUAACUAUUAAAUGUUGCAUAUUGCUCCUUUAACAGCACGCAACAGGGAAGAAUUGUGGGUAUUUUCGGCAUGCGUCAAUAGUGUAGUUUCAUAUCAUACAGUAGUAACUGUUUAAGGUUGUAUCAGUAUAUGAUAUUAUAGCAUAUAUUGUAGCAGUCAGUGAUGUUAUUUUAUCUUUUCUAACUGAAUCAUGGGAUUGUUUUCUUAGAGACAGACUCAUCCUUCAAAUUUGUCCAAAAUAAGGGCCCUGUGUUCACACCAGCAGCAAGGCGUCAUAAAAAAAUCACACUGGUAGCUGGCGAUUACAGUGAAAAAGAGGCGGAGCAACUAGCUGCGAUGCAAAUUAUGCAAAAGAUUUAAUCACAAUUAAACUUUACACAGAUAACGAGUUGUGGCAGUUCAGGUCCCAGCAUUUCCCUCCAGAGUGUUUAUUUUUUAAAGGAAAUGCAUCUGAUUCAUGGUCGAACUGGGUGGUACGUAUAUGCUCUGUAGCUAACUGUUAGGACCAUAUUCCCACGUUAAUAGUGUUACCAUAGCAACCGGCAAUGACCCCAAUGGUUUGAGAGACGACAUAGCGCUGCUGGUGAGAAGGCAGCGGUCUUGGGAAUGUGAACACUGCCUAGAACUGUAACCUCUUCCGAAAUGGAACACGACAACAAUAUUGUUUGCUGUGAAUAUCGCAAUAUUUCAUACGACAAGAUUAUCAGCACAUGUCUAUCGGUAUUCUAUAAGUUUAUUCUUUAGUCUGCUUGAAGGAAGUAAAGGGAAGGUAACGGGUAUCGUAGAUAUAUCGGAUCCUGAUUACACGGUUUAUGAUAUCUUCAUGGUUAUUUAGUUUGUGACACGAAACACGAGGCGCUAAGUAAGGACCCUAGGAAGACUGCCUCAAAUUCUACCUACAUUGCCUUGCAUAAGUAUUCACCCCCCUUGAACUUUUCCACAUUUUGAUGGGACAACCAUAGCCUGGACACUCCACAAAGCCAGUUUUAUUAUUAUUAUUUAGAAGAAGGAAUUCAUUACUGAAAAACAAAGCAAGAUGAAAUUCCAUCUGGUGACUCAGCAGACACGUGGACAAAUGUUCUCUGGGUUUAUAAGAACAAAUUUGAACUUUUUGGCGCUACAUUUAGUGGACACCCAACACUGCUGAUCACCAUCCCCACUGUGAAGCAUGGCGGUGUUAGCAUCGUGUUGUUGGCAUGCUAUUCAUUGUCAGAGACUGGGAAACUGUUCAGGGUUCAUGAGGAAAACCUGUACCAGUCUGCAAGAGACUUGAGAUGGGGGCGGAGCUUCGCCUUCCAGUAGGACAAUGACCCUAAGGAUCCAGCCAGAGCUACAUUGGAGUGGUUUAACGCCACGAACCUGAUGUGUUCGAACGGUCCAGUCAAAGCCCAGACCUCAGUCUGAUUGAGAAUCUGUGGCAAAACGGCUCUUCGUUAAUGAUGGUCUCUGUUCAGUCUUACAGAUCUUGAGAAAUGUUGCUAAGAAGAAUUGGCAAAAAACAUCAGGAUCCAGAUGUUCAAAGCUUAUCGAGACAUAGGCCUAGCUGUAAUUGCAGCCAAAGGUGAUGACCUGGGGGGGGUGAAUACUUAUGCGAGGCACUGUAUUUGUGCUAUUUAUCUAAUAUCUAAUCGCGAUGUAUCGUAACAUUUGUUUGAUUGUUCACACAUACCUCACUCAUCACAGUGUGUCAAAGCCUCAGGUGGACGACGAUCUUCCACAAUCUUCACACGCCAAAAGUCUCGGCUGACUACAUUUAUGGUAAAAAUUUCACAAUUCUAAUGUUUUAUUAAUGUCUGGAUGCAUAAGAGACGCACCAGGUUUUAACAGUGUAAUAGAUUUAUGGGAUUUUAGCGUUAUUAGGUGAAUAAGGGAGUGAGAUAUGAGUAAAAUGUUUUUAAAUUUUUAAGAAACGGUGUCUUAUGUGAUUAAACAAGGCAGUAUCGGAUGUGUGGUUUGUUUGUUGCUUUAUCUCAUAUUUGUCUGCAUUGAACUCAUAUGGAACUCAUUUUUUAAAAAAGAUUUUUAUUUAAGGACUAAGUGGAGAUGAUGGGACUUAUUCUGUUAUUCUGAUCUCAUUACUAAAUCCACUGGAGUGUUCAGUUCUUAAAUCCUUGAAACAUGAAAUAAAGAAACUGUUUUCAACACUAA